AAUCCACUGGAAUCCAAAUAGAUUUCAACCAGAUCUGUGAUUGGUGGAAAUACUUUAUAAACCAAUGAAUAAUGGUUAGCUGCCCCAGACUUCUCUCUCCUGAAAAAAAAAUGUGUGCAGCUUGUAGUCUGAAAGUCUGUUAAACAAUAAUGACACAGAAACCCGGAACACUUCGCCGUCAGACCUCCAUCUUGUUCAUGUCCAGUGUUCUGCGAUAACGUCCAUGUUCGGCGAUAAAAUAAUAGUUAUUCUAAUGACCAUAAUGCUUAUGCAUACAGUCCUGCGCAUGAUGAGAGCACUCUGUAUAAGCAAACAGUGUCGAACUGCUUGUCUUGGUUUUUACUGGGAGGUAACUCGAUCCCCUGCGUCUGAAAAUCCUAACUCGGCUCUGGCACGGAUAGACUAAUAGCCCCGGGUGCUUUAUACGUUUAUUUUAGGUAAUAGAGACGCUUGUUUUGUUACAGCCCGUUCCGCCCUUUUUUAAUAUUUUUUUUUUUUACGAUUUCACCUAGACGCAAAUUGCGAGUCUUUCCCACUUGGCCUACAUUCUUUGCCGUAGAAAGUUUAGUGACUUUAAAGAAGUGCUUUGGGAGAAAAUGUGAAGCGCAUGCGCCAUCUAGAAGUUUUCCCCCGCGCAUCGGGGCUAGGGUUUGCUAGUUUGAGAGAGGAGGCGACGAGGCAGGUGACAGAAGGAGAAGGAGUUGUUCUUCAACACACACACUAUCGGGCGGGGGUUAUCACCACGAGCGUACCUUCUCCAUCUCACACAGUACUGCUGUUUGGACUUGUCUUCCAGGGGCGAGCUUGGAGUGGAUUUGCGGCAAUUCGUGUCUUCCACCACUCAAAGUUGGAUGUGUUGAACGGACUUUUUGCGGGUAAAAUUUUUGUUACAGAGUAAAUCAACCGAGGAGUUCAGGAGAGAGCGGCGUAUUUCUGCAGAAUGGAGGAUGAAAUAACGGCAUCAGGUUUGUGGCGAGGAACCCUGCAGUGUGGAUGUUACCACAGGUAGAACACGCUCUGAGUUCAAGGUGUCACCGCUGUAGGAUCAUCUCUCCUCACUUAUCACCAGUUCAUGUGUUUACCUGCCCUUUACACACUAGUGCCAACCCGUCGGAACCUCUACAAAUCUGCAAGGAAUCUCGGAAGGAUAAAGCUACCGCUAUUAAUCCUCCCAACCAUCAAAAGAGCGUUGGCAACGGUUUCUUACAGCUGACGUUUCUGGCCACGGGCACUUGCUAUUUAGUUUCUUGUGAAUGUUUUAUUUGUCAUUAAGUGUUUACGCGGAUUCACGCCCACGUUUGUUAAAGGCUCUAAUUAUUCAUAGUGCUGUUGGACAUUGUAAAUAACCUCCGUCGUCUCUGAAAGAGCUCUCCUCUCCGCUGUCCCGCGCUCACGGAGCGCAUUCGUCGAUAACGGAUCGCCUAUGCCAGUCUUCCGACACUGAGCCGCAGGACUACCACGGUUACUGCCACCUUCCUCCAUUACACACCGGACACUAUCCCGUACAACCCCGAUUUAGCACUAACUGCUUUGGAUUGAAACCGACCUGAGCCAACGGUAUAAGUACAAGGAGUCUCUCGAGCCCACUACGGCCUUGGCACUGGAAUUAUUCCUUUAAUAAGCAUCUCACCAAAGUGGAUUAUCGUUCGUAAAGAAUUGUUUUCCGUGAGCUGAUCCAGUAACUGACCCAGCAUGUUGUUCCUGCGGCGACUGGUGCGUGUAUGCUGUCCCUCGGCACCGGCGGGGAGUGUAUUGGACUCCAGACAGUGUGUGUUCGCCCUCACACUGCUCACACUGCUCCUGCAGGUGGUGGUGGAGGCCAACUCAUGGUGGUCUCUUGCCAUGAACCCUCUGCUGAUCCCUGAGGCCUACAUCAUCGGGGCCCAGCCUCUGUGCAGCCAGCUGACGGGCCUCUCCCAGGGGCAGAGGAAGCUGUGCCAGCUCUACCAGGACCACAUGGUCUACAUAGGCGAGGGCGCCAAGACGGGCAUCAAUGAGUGCCAAUACCAGUUCAGACAGCGGCGGUGGAACUGUAGCACCGUGGAUAAUGCAUCCGUGUUCGGACGCGUCAUGCAGAUAGGAAGCAGAGAAACAGCAUUUACGUAUGCCAUCAGCGCGGCGGGGGUGGUCAAUGCCGUGAGCAGGGCUUGCAGAGAGGGGGAGCUGUCGAGCUGCGGCUGCAGUCGUGCUGCACGUCCCAAAGACCUGCCUCGUGAUUGGCUGUGGGGCGGCUGCGGGGACAACCUGAACUAUGGCUACAGAUUCUCCAAAGAGUUUGUUGACGCACGGGAGCGGGAGAAGAGCUAUGCCAAAGGAUCCUUCGAGAGUGCCCGGCUCAUGAUGAACCUACACAAUAACGAGGCUGGACGGAGGACGGUGUCGGACCUGGCCCAUGUCUCCUGUAAGUGCCAUGGUGUGUCGGGCUCCUGCAGUCUGAAGACGUGCUGGCUGCAGCUGGCAGACUUCCGCAAGGUGGGCGAGACCCUGAAGGAGAAGUACGACAGCGCGGCCUCCAUGAAGCUCAACUCGCGUGGCAAGCUGGUGCAGCGGGACAGCAAGUUCAACCCCCCCACCAGCCAUGACCUGGUCUACAUCGAGUCCAGCCCAGACUACUGUCUGUCCAACCAGAGCACAGGCUCCCUGGGUACUGUAGGCAGACUGUGCAAUAAGACCUCGGAGGGCAUGGAUGGCUGUGAGCUGAUGUGCUGUGGCCGGGGUUAUGACCAGUACAAGGCCCAGAUUGUGGAGCGAUGCCACUGCAAGUUCCACUGGUGCUGCUAUGUCAAGUGCAAGCGCUGCACCAAAACCGUGGACCAAUUCGUCUGCAAGUGAGGAGGAGGAGGAGGAGGAGGAUGGGAAGAGUGUGUGUUCGUGCAAGUGUGCAUGCGUGUGUGUAUCCAGAGAGGCGGAACAAAGGAGGCGAAGAGAGGAAGAAAGAAAAAUAAAAAACUAUAUAAAUUAUAUUUAUAGAGUUAAACAAUUAUACCGUUGCAGAAGACUGAUACUUUCUGUUCCAUGUAAUAGUUCCAAAACAUGUUAUGCCUUCCGAAACCGAAAAUACAGUGAAAUAUUUAUUUUCUGAGAUUAUUUGUGCCCGAUCAUCCAAAACUAAUUUUUUAUGAAUCCCCAGGCCUGGAGACCAGCAGUCAUUCUUUUUUAAACUCUCAAUAUGACCUAUAACAAGGUUCCCCGCAGGUGAUUUUAUUUGCCUCCCCCCAUGUUUUCUGAGCAAAACAAAAGACAAAUUAUAAUUUUCGUUGUUGAAUUUAAGACUGGGAAAUCACUGGGAAAUCAGCGCAAAUUUAUUUUUAAUUUAGGAAAUCUAUUCCCAAGUAUUCCUACGCAUGAAUAGAGAGAAAUGUGAUUAUAUUCCAAUGUAAUCAGGGUUAGAAAUGAUUCUGUUUUUGCCAAGUACUGUAUCUCUUUUGGAUUCUUGCGGUCAAUUUGCAGUGUACAAAUGAUUUAUAACUAUGUCAGCCCCCUCGACCAUCCGCUCAAGGAUAAAUGGGCCCACGGCUGAAUGUAAUUGGGGACCGCAGUCCUAUAGCUUAUAUUUGACUAGUCCAUUGGGUCACCAUGACUGUGAAACGGGAGCUUCUCUCCCGUUUCAUAACACUAUAUUAGUUAAAUGUUGUGGUUGAUGGAGAACGCUGAAUGCCCACAGUCUUAGCUGUUGAAUCUGGGGCUGCCGCUAAGAGGGGAAGGUUUACUUCCAUAUAUCUGUCUCUAUAGGGUGGUUAGACCUAAAUCAAACCUCCAUUGAACAUUGUUAAAUCUGUCUCUAUAGGGUGGUUAGACCUAAAUCAAACCUCCAUUGAACAUUGUUAAACCUGUCUCUAUAGGUAGUCAUUGGCCCCAUCCUAAAUCCUAACCCUAGUCCCUUAUGUUGCCUCUGUCUAAACCAAACAAGGGCCUAGGAAAGUGGGAGUAAUUUAGCUUGGGGUUAGUUCCAUCCUGUAAUGUAUCCCACAAGGCCUAGAUCUUCCAAGGUGCCCCAGCUAGUCCUCCCAAACACACUCAGCAUAUGCACUUUGACCCCGAGGCCUUACUCCGUCUGUAUGAUUUGUUUGUUUUGAGCUACAGUGUCUGUAAUAUACCAUAUUAUAGUCUACUUUCUCCAUAUUAAAACCCAUAUCCACUUAACAUAUAACAUGCUACUUUCAUGGUUUAAAUAUACAGUAUAUGGGCAAUGUUGUGGUUAUGAUGGUGAAAUCCCACAUGUUCUAUAUGGUAUAUACUAGGUCUAACCAACCAAUCACUUAUUAAAUUGUAUUUAUUUUCUUUUAUCCAAAUCUCUUAAGCUUCCAGAUAGCGCUGUGGGUUUUUUCUAUUUCAAUAAAUGCAUUUAAAUCCUACACUUUGUUACAUACAAUAUUUUCAGGUUACUUAUCAUUUGUUUUCACAUUUUUAAGGACAUGUUAAUUUGGUUCCGCGGCAUUGUUUUUGUAAAGGGAAUUGCCCCUUGUUCUAAAACACCUGUUCAUUGUGUUACCCCUGUCCAAGCCUUCACAGACGGUUCUAGCCUUCACUUGUUGCCACAAACUUGUUAAUACCCCUCAGCUCCUCCACACUAGCCCUGUGAUCAUCUUCAUUAAAACAUUUUUGCUAUAUGUUAUCAAUCCAAACUGUAUAUUUAUUCUCUUCGCAAUUAAUUGAGAUUUGCAAAACAUAUUUCUUAUAGCUGUUAUUUUGUUUUGUUUCUUUUUUAAAAUUGGAUCGAUGUGCUACUUUGUUUCAAUAAAUAUUCUACGUAAACCUGCUGAA